UCUUCUUGUCAGGUUACCGCAUUGCAAGCUCUUUGAAAUAUCACAAAAAAAUUAUUGAUCAGUGUAGGCACAGUAAAUUUCAUCACACAAGUUUCAAACAUAAAAAUGGACCAUCAUUGCUCUUACUGACCCAGAAGCCAACCCCGGCAUUGAAGAAACAGGGCGCCAUUGAACUGAUUUUUACCAGCUUCUACUGCUAUCAGAUACGAUCGAGAAGGAUAUAAAUAAAACUGUGUUUUUGCCUCAAGCUUCAUGAUUGUUCAAUGAACCAUGAAAUCCUGCAUUGUCACAUUACAGCUCAGUGGGGGAGGAAAAUAAGACGCUACACUGCCUGAAUGCUGGUUUCUGCUUUAUCUAACAGCCUCUUACUGAAACAUCUGCUCUGCACGUUAGUGUCAAUGUAGGCCUCCUUGGAUUUUCUUUGGGACUUUAAUCAACGAUGAUCAGUAAUUUCUCACUUUAAAAAGCCCGAUUUGCUAUAAAGGUGCUUAUAAGAAGGUGACAGCUUGUAAGUCUGUGCUUGUUACAUGAUUAUAGCACAUUAAUGCCUUGUAAGUCAUAAGUGGUGAUGUGAAGUGUGCCUGUGACUUUCCCAUGUAGGUUAAUGUUAUCAGCCACCAUAUGCCAUCUUAUCAUCCUGCCUGGGGGAAAUUUCUUUAACUAAAUGAACAUACACACACAGUCCCCUUUACUUCCAAUCAAAAUACCUCUCUCUCUCUCUCUCUCUCUCUCUCUCGCUCUCUCUCUCUCUCUCUCGCUCUCUCUCUCUCUGUGGCACCAUAGUGAAAAAAACACUGCAGUUCUCUCAGCCAGUCAGUCAGAGCCAGAAGCCUGUACACACAUCAUCUCUCUCCCUCAUUCAGCCUCUCUCUCUCGCUCUCUCCACUCACACAUGCUGCUCUUCGCCUCCUCACUGCAUCCGUCCUCUUCCUCCCUCAAGUGAGGUACCAUGCAUCCUCCUUUCUCCUCCUCUUCCUCCUCCUGUUCCCUCCUGCUUGUCUGUUACCGUUCCAGGGUCUCUUUAUCCAACAGAGAGCUCUUGCUGCAAAGCCGGGGACUGUAAAAGCUCUUUGACUUGGUGGAAGACUUUUUUUUUUUUAGACGGGACAAAGCUGUGCGUCGGCUCUGAGGACAGCUGCCGGAAAUGCUGAUGCUGCUUCUGUCGGGAUGCAGAUCUUUGUGGGACUUCUUGCUGUGUGACACUGCUUGAUUUCUCACAAAGUUUCACUUCAAUGAAGAGUUUCCUGUCAGAGAACUACUCACUGUGGAGACAAACCAGCACAGGAUCCCCAUCUCAUCUCCUCACACACUGACCAGGACUGAAACCCAGCCGUGUUCAAUCUUGAUGUUACUUCAGCUUCUCCCAAAAGGAAGCAUCAUUCCUGCCUACAAUCUCUGUAUGAUUUUAAGCAGCAGGCAGACCUGGCCUGGACCUCUGACUUUGAACUCUGCAGCACAAGGACAAAAAGUUGCAUUGACAGAAAAUUACUGUUAAGUAGUUCGAGGAGAAGGCAGCCAUGCAGGUGUCCUUUGCAUGCACGGACCACGGGCUGAAGGCUCCGCGUAACGGCGAGCACAGCAAGCAGAAUGCCACCAGCCCCAACUCGGCCAGCCAGGCCCGCGCCCGAUUCCGAACCGUGGCGCUGAUCGCUCGCAGCCUGGGCUCCUUCACGCACCGCUACCACCACAACCUCAAGGAGUCCACGGCCAAGCUCACGGGCAUGAAGUACCGGAACCUGGGAAAAUCUGGGUUGCGUGUCUCCUGUCUUGGGCUCGGCACAUGGGUGACGUUUGGAGGUCAAAUCUCUGAUGAGGUGGCAGAGCAGCUAAUGACCAUCGCCUACGAGAGCGGAGUCAACCUGUUUGACACAGCAGAAGUUUACUCCGGGGGGAAGGCAGAGAUAAUCCUGGGGAACAUCAUCAAGAAAAAAUGCUGGAGGAGAUCCAGCCUGGUGAUCACCACAAAGCUCUACUGGGGUGGAAAAGCAGAGACAGAGAGAGGCCUCAACAGAAAACACAUCAUUGAAGGUUUAAAGGGCUCCCUCCAGAGGAUGCAACUUGAAUAUGUGGAUGUGGUUUUUGCAAACCGGCCAGACAGCAACACUCCCAUGGAAGAGAUAGUGAGAGCAAUGACACAUGUCAUCAACCAGGGGAUGUCCAUGUACUGGGGAACAUCUCGGUGGUCUGCUAUGGAGAUUAUGGAAGCAUACUCUGUGGCCAGACAGUUUAAUCUCAUUCCACCAGUGUGCGAGCAGGCAGAGUAUCAUUUCUUCCAGAGGGACAAAGUGGAAACCCAGCUGCCUGAGCUUUAUCAUAAGAUAGGUGUUGGUGUGGUCUCUUGGUCCCCUUUGGCCUGUGGAAUUAUCACUGGGAAGUAUGAAAAUGGUGUCCCAGAGUCCUCCAGGGCAUCAUUGAAGCCAUACCAGUGGUUGAGAGAGAAAAUAAUGAGUGAGGAUGGUAGGAAACAGCAAGCCAAGCUUAAGGAACUGUCUCAUAUCGCAGAGAAGCUUGGAUGUACUUUACCACAACUAGCCAUUGCCUGGUGCUUAAGGAACGAAGGCGUGAGCUCAGUACUGUUGGGGUCCUCCAAUCCAGCUCAGCUAACAGAAAACCUGGGAGCCAUUCAGGUAAUUCCAAAGAUGACUGCAGGCAUCGCCUCUGAAGUGGAUCAUAUACUAGGAAAUCGUCCUCACAGUAAAAGGGACUAUCAUCAUUAAAAUGGACUCAAUGUUUUAGUGAACUAUGCUCAAACAGCUUCUCAAAGCUCACUCCUCACAGCCAUGGCACCAUAAGUGCGUGCCCAACUCUGCUUGUGUGCGUGUAUGACUGUAUGUGUGACUAUGUAAAGUGCUCCGCUUGGCUCCUUGUCUAUGAAGAUCAACCAGUACUCAUUGUUGUAGAAUGAGCUACUUGACAAAACAUGCAUGCUACAGCUAAAGCAGCCGACCACUGGACUGAACAACAGUAAGACGAGCCAUCGAGAUUAUUUUUAUGGAGUGUAAUAAUGUUCUUCUUCGAGAAGAGGGUAGAAUAAGGGGAAGUAGUUUACUGCAAUCUCAACUAUCUACCAUGACUAUCAUGAUUUCCUGGAUAAGGGUGUCCUUGUGUAUCAAGAAAAGAGACAUAAGAGCCAUUUACCUCCAUAAAGUAUCAAAUAAGCUCUAAGCAGCGCAGUGCAAAGCUGCAUGGAAAAAGUGGUGUUUCAAAGUGUCCCAGAAAUCAAUCUUACUAGACAAUUGUGAUGUGGGGGGAAAAAUCAAUGACAUGUGCAAUUGGACCUGGCCUUGGCAGAUUGGAUGAUUUGCUAACAUUUCCCAUUGCAGCUGGAGCUGAACUGUCAAUGUGAUGAAUCAUUUCAGUACUGGAUGAACUGAAAUUCUGUUAUUGCUAAUACCAAGAGAGCUAAGUUAUACUAGAAUAUAUUUCAAAACAUCUGUACUGACUGUUAUAUAUUUUCCUGAAUAAGCAGCUACGUUAAACUGAUUUUAGCGUCUCCUCUCUUUUUUUUCUUUUCACUUAUGCAAAAUUACAGCACAGUAUGAAUUCCUAUUAUGAGCCUUUAACCCCUUCAAGUGUACACUAUACCAGCCUGUCUGUCAGUUGUUAUGUCUUUCAUUUUAGUCUGCAUUGUGGCUAAAACAUUUGUCUAAUUGAUGCUGGGGUGAUGAUCAUCCCAAGGUGGAGCUUGUGGAUUUAAAAACAAAGCCAUGUAGCUUAUGAAGGGACUCCAAACCAGUCCGUAUGGACUCCUGCAGUCAGUACGCCUGGAAAACGGUUAAUUCGUACCCAAUUUCUCUUUGAUUUAAGUUUUACAUUAUGAGAUUGUCUUUGUUGAAUUCUGUCUGUCUAAAACUGUAUUUAAGUGUUGUUCAUUAGAUUUGUACAUGCAAAUAAAGAGCUGAUAAUUAUCAUGUGAUAUGCUUUAAAGAUCUAUAGUGAUUUUCUAUCAAUGUCAUGGAUGCCUUAUAAUGUUUGCCCCUUAUGAAAUUAGAUGAUUAACUAGGCUAGUAGUCAUUGGUAGCUGAUUUUAAUUGUAAAUCGCAGUAAAAACU